AUGUGGCUGGUCCAGCAGUGGCCGCCUCAGAAUGCUUCUCAACCCGAGGCUCCGGGGGCCUCCCCCAUCAGUCAGAGCUGGCAGACAAGUCGACACCUGGCCAUUAUCUCAGCCAAGAUAGGGGCUGCUGCUCUGGGGGUCCUGACAGCCCGGAGGAGAAGGGAUCAGGACCUCAAGAUCUGGUUGCCCGGGAAACACGCCUCACCCACGGAUUUGCAUCUCAGAGCCUCUCCCAGAAAGAACACCUGUGAGGGAGACAGGCGGGGUGGGGCGGAGAGAGAAGGGAGCAGGGAGGCGGGGCUGCGGUGCUUCGGCCGGUCCCACGGGGAGCUCCGCAGGGCCACGGCCCUCUCCACGUAUCGUCGCCCAAGGAGGCAGAUUCUGGGCCUGUGGACUCUCAGCACGACCCCAGCCUUGGACGGAGAGGUGGUGUGCACGGCUCGAGGGAACGAGGCUCUGUCCCGGCCGGAGGACUCCAAGGCCGCGGAGCGCGAUGGAGAAGCAUGGUUCCCAUCACCGAAGCAAACAUCUGUGAUUCGUGAAGACCUCAACGUGCUGUUCCAGACAGAGGAAGACCACCAGCCGCAGGAAGGGCACGUGCCUGGUGAGAAGCGCCCCGAGGGGACCCGCCUGCCGCUGGUCUGGCUCCGGCGGCCUUUCUCAGACACCGCGGGCCCUCGGCAGGGUCCCAGCCGAGCCCUCACCUUCACGCCCAAGCUCAGUGUCCCCGGCAUCCCCGCCUGA